AUACCACAGACAGACAGAUGUGUGUAGAGCUGUGCGAAUCACGUUGCAGUUUCCUGUUCUGUGUGUAUGACAGAUUGUGUUUGGAAGAAAAUGUCAGUGUAGCUCUCUGAUCCUGAACAGAACACACACUGCCAAUCAGACAGAGGGGAGGCGUCAGCAAAGUUUAAGUAGAAAUAUUUUGGCCAGUAAGUGAACAUAUCCGCUGCACAACUUUGAAGAGGAGCGAUACAGUGUUUUGCUCAAAAGAUCAACCUUGGCCCUUUCUCCAUCUGUUCUGAGGACAGAAUAAUGCUGUGUUGGAUACUAAUAUCCCUGCUUCUCCAAUUUCUCAAAGCACAAGAAAUCCCCAUGAUAAUUUACGCUCAGGAAGGAGGGACUGUUACCCUACCCAGAGACAAAAGGGCAAAUGAAGAGAAUGUUUAUGUGAACUGGUACUAUAAGUCAGAUAGCAAAGAAAUUAUCAGCAGGAAUCCUCAGAGUGGGAUCCAAAAGGGGACCUGGAUGCGCGCCUCUCUGUUACCAGAUUUCUCUCUACAAAUCUCACCAGUGGAGGAUUCGGAUUUUGAAAUUUUUCGCUGUGAACAAUACGUAUUGAUGGAAAAGUUUACCAAGACCUACAGACUGUACCGCGUGUCUAUACCCAAAGUGCCGGCUGUGAUGGUUGGUGCCUCUCUGACUCUGAACUGUGAAGUGGAAGCCAGUACAGUUCUUAGUCUCACAACUGUAACUUGGAUUCCACCUAAAAACUCAGCAUGUGAACUAAGAAUUUCUUAUAAUAAAAAUAAAAUUUUGGUUGAAGAGGUGCCCGGUUGCGCCAGUGGUGUUUGGACAUGCAAGGUGAAGUAUAAAAGGCAAGAAGCAGAAGCAACAACGACUGUUUCUGUUAUAGAUCUCGCCCCUUCUCCACCAGAUCCCAUUUAUACCUCUGUAUCAUACCACCCCUCUACAGUCGACAUCCCUUGUUCUUUGACCUCUAACAUCCCCUGGUCCAUCUUAACUGAUAAAGGUCUCCUGGGGGGUAGCUGGAGCUUCACUUCUUUUAGUGACCAAAACAAUCAGACUACAAAAUCUCUUCUCAGCCUAAGUUUUCGUCCAACAAUUACAUGGAACGUCACAAAUGGCGCACCCAUUACUGUCCAGGGAAGAGAGUUGAAAGACCAGGACCUAUCAAUUCAUAAGCUGCCUGUAUCGGAGAAGAUCAGGGGGGUGUACACCUGUAGUCUGAAGUUCACGAGCAAUACCCUCAGCAGGAGCGUACAAGUGGAGGUUCUGCAGGUGACCUCUUCUCCGAGUUCUCGUGAAUAUGAAGGUGUAAGUGUGAAUCUGACAUGCACAUUAGGAAAUCCUAUGACCUCUGACCUCGAGGUGAAAUGGAAAUGUCCAUCUUGCUCCACUCUUCCCUCACUCAGCUCCUCUCCUCACCCUGCUUCUCUGUCCAUCCCUGAAGUGAGACUGCAGAACAGAGGGAGAUGGAAAUGUGAACUCUGGAAAAAUGACAAGAUGCUGACAUCUGCUGAGCUCUUCCUGAGGAUUGAGAAAGUUCCAGUGGACAUCUGGCUUUGGGUUGCCGUCAGCAGUGGAGCUGUGGUCUUCAUCUUGCUCCUUGUUAUUGUCAUCAUAGCCAUUCGCAGAUACAAAAAGAUGAUAAUGUACAGGCGACGCAAGACCAGGUUCUGCUGCUGUAAAAAUCCCCAGCCAAAAGGAUUCUACAAGACCUGAGGAUCUUCUACUUUUCAUAUUUAUAACUGAUGUUAUAAAUAACCAUUUUGAUGUAUAGCUGUCUGAAUACAACCUUCCAUGCCAGUGACUGCCUUCAUUGUGCAGAUGAUGUGGUAUUUCUUUUUUUUAAUCUUGUAUCAUACUCUCAUGACCACAUUGUAAAUAUUUGAACAUACUUGAUAAGAGGCAGUAUAACAGGCAGGAUAAAACAUAUGCUUGAUCUCUUUAGGUGUAAAUAACAUGAUACAGUAUGUGAUGUUAUGUCCUAGAACAUUGAACCACUAGAAAAAAACAUUCAAUAAAAUGUAAUUGAAGCUAGGCAUUGUGAUAUGCUAUGCAUUUUAGAUUACAACUUUGUCCACAAUGCCAAACAUACCUCAUUACAAUCUCUUGAAUAUACUGCUGUUUUUUCUUUUUUUUUUUAAGAUGACCACCUUGCUUACUUAUCUCCUAUGCUCUGAAUAGUCUAUGAAAUGUAUAUAUUAACUUUUUUUUUUUUUUAUUUUAUUUUCUGGUAAUUCUUAAUAAAAAAGAAAAAAAAAGAAAGAAAAAUACUAAUAAUGUACAAUAAAUUACUGUAUGAAAAAAAUAAUUGUGCAUGGAUGUACCUGGAGUUUUGUACAUUUGACCCUCCUCUAACACAUGAGAAGACCUUUACUCAACACUAUGCCUGCUGGAUGACGGGGACAAUGAUGGUCACUGCUGGACUGAAGAGGUGUUUAAAUUUGUGAAGUUCUCAAACUGACAGGAUGAUCAGAUUUUUUGGCAGUAAUCUUCUGUCUUUGCUCAAACAUCUCAGGCCUGGAACAUCCCAGCUGACUCUUAUCAGCUAUUAUAAAACUGACAGGUCCGGUCCUGGAUGGUCAGUAGCUAUGUUUAUUCACAAUAAAGCACAGCUAUGACCACUAAGCUACUAUUUGUAUCACUGUGUAGCACCCAUAGCUGAUUUUUGAUGCUUUGCAACAUUCUGUGUCGAUUCACAUCGUGCCUAACAACACUCUUCAGCCAUGACUAUAUUCACAAUAUACUCCAGAUGUUUUUUUUUUGUUGGUUUUUUUUUGCUCCAUUUCAUUGUUUUUGGUUUUCACCUCCAAAAGCUGGUUUGGGACCAUUUAACUAUCCCUUGUCCUUAUGUACCCAUUCAGUAUUUACAGUACCUUGCUUCGGGGUUUAUGUUCUUCAUGGUCACUUCAUAGGCUGGAUCUACAGAUCUGUCUACCAUUGUUAAAUGUUCUGUCAGGCUUUGCUCCUAAUUUUACCAUGGUAACCAUAAGCAGUGUCGUCUAGGGCAUACGCCGUUUGCCCACCUAAACGCCCUCUUUCUUAGGAUUUUUUGUAUGCCCACCUAAAAUAAGUGAUGAUACGUAUGGCUGCCAUUAUCUACUAACGCGAUGCAGCAGCACCGUUGAGUGAAUAUUAUUAUAAUAAUAAUUUUAUAAAGUGUAAAGAGAUUAUCUCUAAACGCGCAUGGAGCAGCAGGAGGCGGGAGCUCAACUGAUGGAACGGGCAAGACAGACAGUCCGACUAAGCUGAUCCACCAAUCAGAACGUUCAUUUCAGACGCGAGUAGAUAUUUGCUAACCAAUCAUACUUUCUGUUUCAGUAAGGGGCGGGACGU